AAAAACAAAAUCGUCUUCGUUCUUCUUAGUUUCGUUCCAUCCUGUUGCUUCAGGGUUCCUAAUGUAAAUGCGGUUGGCUUAGUUUACGGGAAAUGGAAACGAAUGUUUCGGAUGUGCUUUCUAAAAGUUAAAUCAUUAGUUGUGAGAUUUUGAGGGGUUCUUAAAUUAUCGCGUGCUGAUGUUCAUCUGCACUGGACCUUGUUUUCCAUACGAAAUGAGCAGAACAAGUAUGUAAAGUGACCUACUACCCGCUUCUCGUGCUUGGGGUUCUAGAUUUUGUUUUAUUGAAUAUUUGCAUUUGAAUCGCGUCAGGCAAUACAAAGCAUUUUGUUUGUGGGUUAGCAGGCGGCCUGUCAUUUCAUAUACAGUAUAGUCUUCACUGUUUGUGGGUGGUGUCUUAGACGUUUAAAAUAAGGGAGAGGAAGUUGUGCAGGCCCGAUGUGGAUAGCCAGCGUGUUGCUGCUACAGAUGAGUUACCUCACGGCAUUUAACGUUAUCUUUCAGUAAAAUCGAGCAACAGACCGCAAAGUGGAAAACAUUCCAAUCGGAAACCAAGCGUAGUUGUAUAUGUGCUUUACUAACACCGUUAAUCAUAUCUUGCAUAUUAAGGUCUGAUCACUUUGCCUUUUUUUUUGUCACGCCCCCGUUUGCUUGUCACAAUAUGAGCGAAAUAUGCCUUAACAUUUCUGUUGUAGUAAAAUAUUCGAAUCGCUUUAUGAUGUUAAUGGCUGGACAGCGAAUUUUGAAUAGAAAUGUGAAUGCUGGAUUUUAUUCCAGAAACAUCAGAAGCCCGUUUGCUAUUUUUACUCGAAACCGGGUCUGAUGUUGAAACGCAAAGGAAAUAUUGUUAAAAGUACCGCAACGAUCCAUUUUCACAAACACGUUAUAUCUGUGAACAUUUAAACUGGCAGUAGAUGAUAUGUGCAGCUUGGUUUGCAAGGGUAGCUAAGGUUUAACGUUGCCAGGCAACAGCCAAGGUAAAGACCCAAGGGUACAGCGGGAAGAUGACCGGGAUGUUGAAGUUGCUCGAAAUGACAGUUUGAAGUAACGUCAGUUACCGUAGACUAUGAAAGCAGUAACAACCGUCUGAACCACAGCAGCUGGUGAAAAUGCUUGACCGGGUUCUUAAUUACCUGUUCCAAAACCUGACCAGCAAAAGCAAAGAAAGUGGAGAUGAAAAGAUGUCUAGUCCAUCUGGAGACCUUCAAAUCGAGGACUUCAAGGUGCUCACCCUUCUCGGGAAGGGCUCCUUUGCUUGUGUGUACAGAGCGAAAUCUGUCAACACGGGCUUGGAAGUUGCAAUUAAAAUGAUUGAUAAAAAGGCUAUGCAAAAAGCAUGCAUGGUUCACCGAGUCCGGAAAGAGGUGGAGAUUCACUGCCGGCUGAAGCACCCAUCUAUACUGGAGCUUUACAAUUGCUUCGAAGACAGUAACUAUGUCUACCUGGUCUUGGAAAUGUGCCAUAAUGGGGAGAUGAGCAGGUACUUGAAAAACAGAAAGAGGCCCUUUUCAGAGGAUGAAGCACGGCACUUCAUGCAUCAGAUCGUCAAGGGGAUGUUGUACCUCCACACUCACGGCAUAUUACACCGCGACCUCACGCUGUCCAAUUUGCUGCUUACCAGCUGUAUGAACAUCAAAAUAGCAGACUUUGGCCUGGCCACCCAGUUACAGCUGCCCAGUGAAAAACACUUCACGAUGUGUGGCACUCCGAAUUACAUCUCCCCUGAGAUCGUCACGCGCGGUCCCCACGGUCUGGAGUCCGAUGUCUGGUCCCUGGGCUGCAUGUUCUACGCUUUUCUGGUGGGUAGACCCCCCUUCGACACAGACACGGUCAAGCAUACCCUGAACAAAGUGGUGCUGGCGGAAUACGAGAUGCCCGCACACGUGUCCAGAGAGGCCCAGGAUCUUAUCUAUCAACUGUUGCGCAAAAACCCCGCUGAUCGCCUCAGCCUGUCUUCUGUUCUGGAUCACCCCUUCAUGACCAACUGCUCAUCGGCGAGGAGCAAAGACUCGGGGAUGGUCGAAGGAUCCAUGGACAGCGGAAUCGCCACCAUCUCCACGGCCUGCACCACCACCCUUGGGUCCGCCUCGGCCAGCACCAGCGGCCGGUUUCACCAGAAGAACAGGCACCUGAUAGGUCAGGCCCUGCCGAACCGGAUCAACGUCGUACCCACCCACGAGCGCCUCCCUGGCGACUGCUCCUCUGUGGAUGGGAGUUCACUGUACAGGGACCAGCUGGCGCAUCGCGAGGACCCCUGCAGGGGAGACAGGGGGAGGGCUCUUCAGAGGAGCGAAGAGGAUCGCCCCCACUCCCGCUACCUCAGGAGGGCCCAGUCCUCCGAACGCUCCGGUUCCUCAAACAGCCACUUGCCGGGAAAAGCCGCGGGAGCGAUAGAGAGGUGUCACUCCAUGGAGGUGCUGUCCAAGCCAAGCAGACAGGCCACCCGUGGAGGGCAGGAAACUUUCCCUGUGGGCCCCAGCUACAGUGACAUUCCGCAGAGCUUUAAAGAAAAUGUGUCUGUGUCUCUGGAUAGGAAAGUAACCUCCCCUCCUGUCAAACAGAAAGCCAAUUCAGAUUGUUUAUAUCCCUGUGAGCCAUCUCUGCCAGGCAGCCAACAGAGACUGGGUUCAGACGUUGUGCAGCAAUGGUUCAACCAAGAAGGUCACUUUAAAAAGCCAGUUGACAUCAGCGGGCAUAGCAGCAACGGGACUGGCAGCUUUCACAAUGGACUACAGGCUCUUUCUCUGCAGAAUGGCUUGCCAGUGAACUCCUGGAAUGAAAAGCGUGUUAAGAGGGGCACAGAGUCAUCUUACAAUGACUUGCACACUCCAUGGCAGACAGGCCCCAGGGGCUGUGAAGGGGCACCCCUGAAUAAAGUAGAUAAUGCCCAGGGACUCGCCAGUCUGCAGCCCCCUUGUGUGGCUGAACAGCACCUUCCCGUUUCAAGAGAAACGCCAAGCGCAGGCAGUGAGAAACACUCCUUGAAGAACGUCAUCUCUCCUCUCUGUGCGACAAGACUGAAGCCCAUUCGGCAGAAGACUAAAAAUGCUGUGGUGAGCAUCCUUGAAACAGGGGAGGUUUGCAUGGAGCUGGUCAAGGGACAGGGAUCCCAGGAACGCGUUCGAGAAGUCCUCAGGAUAUCCUGUGAUGGUUCAAUGAUUACGGUUUACCACCCCAACGAAGGAAGGGGGUUUCCCCUUGAUGACAGGCCGCCUUCCCCUCCAGAAGAUAUUUUCAUUUACAGCUUUGAGGAUUUGCCAGAAAAGUACUGGAAGAAGUACCAGUAUGCCACCAAGUUUGUGCAACUGGUGAAAUCAAAGACCCCCAAAGUCACCCUGUACACGAAGCAUGCCAAGUGCAUGCUGAUGGAGAACUCCCCCAGUGCUGAUUUGGAGGUCUGCUUUUAUGACGGGGCAAAAACACACAAGACGACGGAGUACCUGCGAGUUAUAGAGAAGACGGGGAAGUCCUACACAUUGAAGGGAGAUGUGGGGCUGAAUGGCUUGAGUGAAGAAAGCAGAGCUUAUGUGGAACUUUCAAAUGAGGGACACAGAAUGUGCUUGGCACUGGAGGCUGCUAUCAUCGUAGAAGAAAAAAGAAGUGAAAAAAAUAUUCCUUUUUUUCCAAUUAUAGUUGGAAGGAGACCAGCAAAACUCGACUCUCCAGACCCCCCUUCCCAACCUGCACAGGACCCCAAACUCUGUGGGAAAGAGAAUCCCUCACCAAAUGGAGUAGUGCUGAACAGCAGCAGGUCUCCCAGCCAGCCUCCGAACAUAACUCCAUCUAUGAUUUCUUAUGAUGGAUCUGUCUUCACAACAACAAGCCUUUCAAAAAGCAGUACUCCACCAUCUGCAAAGCAAGAGGGCACGCAGCUGGCUGGCAAAGUGCUCAAGUCAGUCUUUGUGCCCAAUGUAGGCUGGGCCUCUCAGCUCACGAGCGGAGAAGUGUGGGUGCAGUUCAAUGACGGCUGUCAGCUGGUGGUGCAGGCAGGGGUGUCAUCCAUCAUCUACACAUCGCCUCAGGGACUCACCACCAGGUACAGCGAAAAUGAAAAGCUCCCAGAAUAUGUAAAAGAGAAACUACAAUGCUUGUCAUCCAUUCUCCUGUUGCUGUCAAAUCCAGCAGGUCAGCGGUGACUGAUGAUUUUACCUUAAGCACUGUUUUUGAGAGCUGUGCUUUGGAGUUCCAAACUAUCUGUAAAUGUCUCUGUACGUAACUUUUGUAAAUAUUUUAUCUCUGAUUGUACAUUGAGUGUAUUCAAAUAAUGUAUAUGAAAUAUAUUUUUUUAAUUUGUAGUCCUUUUACAUUUUUCUGUCUCUUGCAACUAAGAAUUUAGGUAGCACUUUCACCAAGUUCUGAUGCCCUGUAUAAGAUGAGCUAAAGCAAUAAACCAUCAGCUGACUUGGGGAAUAUCAUCUCCUCCUGCUUUGGCUGCAGCAUAUUUUUAA